AUGCUAUCUCUCUACACACUUGUACUUCUGGUCCUCCGCUCCACUGCUGCCUUUGGAGGAGAAAAGGCCUUCUUUACCACAGAGCUGGGUACUCCCAAUGUGACACAUCGUCAAUAUGUCUGCGAUCGAUUUGAGGACUUUUACUUCAAACGAGUGCAGUUACGACAUGCUCUGGAAGGCCUACAACUGCAUGUAGGAAUUGGUGACUACCCAGGAGCGUACUUCAAUUAUGAUCCAGAGAAAGGCAUCGACGAAACUGAGCCUGGCUUGUUUUCUGAAAUUCUGGAUGAAAUGGCGAAGCGAGGAGGCUUCACAUGGCGAAACAGCUUUGGCAUUUACAAAGACCCGGCUGAACAUAACAUGAAUUGGAAUCAAACACUUUACUGGACAAUUAAUGUCUACGAUGUUGUUGCUGGUGUUGUGUUUCUCGAGGAAAUUGUUGAUGCCAGCCUUGUUGUCGCAACGAGCAAUGCUGUGCAAAAGCAAAGUAGCAGUGUAAUCACCGUCUCAUCAUUCUUCAAUUGGCUCAAGCCCUAUGACGCUACUGUCUGGAUGGUGACCAUUUUGACGAUUUUGCUAAGUGGUGUUGUUUAUCAGAUUUUGGAGUGGUAUGCUGAUGAACGGGACAAUAGAUCGGCAUGGGAAUGGUGGCUAGACAAUACCUAUAUGAGUUUUAUCAAUGCCACACAAGCCUAUGAAUAUCAGCCCAAGACAUUGGCAAGCCGACUCUUUGGCAUCAGCAUGGCCAUCUGGGCACUGGUGAUGACAGCCACAUACACAGCAAAUCUAGCAUCUCUGCUUGUGGAUAGGCGCAUUCAAGGGCCUCAAUCGAUGGAAGAGAUUUCGGUAUUUGGCAACAAGAUUUGUACGUGGGUUGGUACAUUUUCUGAUGAAUUUGUUCGCGACACAUACAGGACUGCAGUCCGUGUCCCAAAGAACUCCGAACUAGAAUUGUAUGAAGGUUUGACCAAUGGUGACUGUGAAUUUAUUCUGACAAGUCUUUCUAGUUGGAGCAAGAACAAAGGCAUCAAAGAAUACAAUCCACACUGCGAUUUGUACUUGGUAGGUGAGGGGGUCAACAAAGUUAUCAACCUCGCAGCUGGAUUUGUCACUACUGUGGACUCAGGAAAUACAUGUACUGGAUUUAUACGUGAUGUCCUCAACGUUCUCCUGCGAGACAUUAUUGAGGAUGGGUUCCUGGAGCGUGAGUUUGAGAGGACCAAAACCAUUGAUUGCCUCACCUACAAACCAGGAUUUGAAAAGACCCAAGAUGAUGACGGCAACGACCAAAUAGAUGUCCGCACAAGAAAACUGCAGCCUCGUCACCACAAUGCCCAAUCAGCUGCUUGUACUGGUAGCACCCAUUAUCGAAAUCGAGCACUCAAGGCUGGUGGAAAGGCUGCUGCUGGUGGAGCUGUUGCAUCAAUGGGUGAUUCUCCUGAUGAAGAUGCACAAAAGCUUACUCUCCAGCAAAUGAUUGGAACUUUUGGCUGUCACUGGGGCAUGAUGCUCAUUGCUAUAAUCGUUGCCCAUGUCAGGAUGGUGUAUGACAAGCAUGGGAAGAAGAGGGCAAAGAGAGCAACUAAGGCACUUGUCCAAAGCUUUAGAAAGCAAUGCAGCGGUGUAGAGGGCAGCGAAAAAGAAGAAGAAAUGCGUCGGCCUUCGCCUUCGCUUUCAAUGACUAUGAUGGUACCCAAUACAGACAACAACUUCAAUGACCUGUACCCACCCAAAAUAGACAGCAACAACCACAACCGUGCUAGACUGGAGGAGAAGGAACGGCAUGAUGAAGAUAUGAGGAGUGAAAUGGCUGCCAUGCGAUCAGAACUGAGAGAGCUCAAGAAUCAGAUCAAAGAGCUUGUGGAAAUGUCGAUAGCACCCGAUGUACAUUGGAGGACAACAGCAGGAGAUGCCAAUUACAAUCUUCAGGAUAACCCUCGUGCAAAUGUUAGCAUUUCCUCCUUAAUGGGUGGCUCCUACCAAGGCCUAACGCCAACUGCUGAAAUGAAAUGA